ACCGAUGAUAACCGAGUCCCGAACGAAGCGCGAAGCCCAUCUACCUUCCAUAUCCGUAAUAUUCCGUUGGAAAAACGUACAAACGUAUCGUCAGUGUUUUCUCGUCAAUUUCUCAUUGACGUUAAGUAAAUUUUACACAAUAAAUUAUACCAGUCAUUGAUAACCGAGUUAUUUGUCAUUCUACUCAGUUGAAUAGAUUAAAAAUAACUAGUCUGUGGUUGCACACAAAGUGGGUGAAAAACAGUCCGAUAUCAGCCAGUGUUUUCCUUGUCACCACUGGCUUCUGGAGGAAAAAUUGUUGAAUUUUGUGUCUGAGACAACUUGGUGUGAGUCGUACAUUCGAUAAUUCCACUCCAAGUGGUAUAUUCAUUACCCUGAAUCAGUGAAUUAAACGAAAAUUCAUGAGUUUAAUCAGCACUUGUUUGAUAUAACCCAAGUACCAAUAAGCGAAAGUUCACUUGAGUUGUUCGCCAUAAAACAAGUUUUAUCAUUUGAAAAUUGUCGAUAAAAAUUGAAUAAAUGUUGCAACCCAAUCUCCGAAAAUUCCAUAUUAAAAUUGAAAGGAAGGAGACGGCCAGUGUCGCCUAAUCAAGUUACAAGAUAUCAAAUUGGAUUAUCAAGUUGGUCAAUAAAUCCCGAGAGAAUUUUGCGCCGUUCUCCUCGGACAAAUUCCCCUGCGACAAACGAAAAAUAAAAAAAAAAAAAAAAAAAACCAUUACAGUGUCUUUGUGAGGAGUAUUGAGUGUGUUAGACCGGUGCAACGCCGCAACCCCUUGCGCCAGGGUACAUUGCAGCUGAGUCAAAGUCGCACCGAGUGGAUUGGUGGUGUGGUAAAGGGGGAGAGAGGGGUUGGGUGUGUGUAGUUGAACGGGUGAAUGUGACCUACAGCCCUACAUUCGCUGAGCCUUGCCAACUAGUGCUACCUAACCUCUAUACAUACGAGGCAGAAAGAAGAAAAAUCCACCCACUUGUCUGGGGUUGAAACAAACGCUGAGCAACAAUAAUCGACAGCCUCUUUUUGACUGAGAGAUGCUCAUUGUUCUUGGAGAUUGAACAAUAAGCCCAAGGGAGUGUCGCAUAAUCAGGGCAAACACUUUAUAAAUAAAACAUACAACACACGAACAUAAAAGCUACCCAGAGAAGAGUUGAACAAAAUAAAAGAAAUAAUAAAAAAAUAGGAUAAAAAUAUCGUUAAAUCAUCGAUGAUCAUUUGACGAAGCGAAUAAAAACCCGGAGUGUGCUGUUGCAGGGGUGAGAUUUAGCCCUUAAAGUAUUGAAAAAAUUCAAGUGGUGACGAGACGACGGGAAGAUCGUCCCCGCGAAAGCGGUGGCGUCGACAGCACAAGAACUGGACGACGAAGAGGCGUUGUACUAUUCAGUGAAUCACUUGUUCUAUCACCAACUUCGUCAUUCGGUUUACCCGGUUAUCGGGAGGAGGAUGAGGAUGAUUAUCACGAUGAUUAUCGGGAUGUUGUAAGUGGUAGAAGAAGUAAAGUUAAUAUAGUUGAUUACGGUGAUGUUACGGAGGGCCACGGUGGGGCGUCAGUGGGUUUGCAGGAUAAUACGAUUGGUAGAAAGAAGGUGAGGGCGCCAGGUGUAUUAUCAACGGGCCGCGGGGUGGCCGGGAGUCCGUGUGACGAGGAGGGAGGUGGGGGUGGUGGUGGAGGUGGAGGAUGGUGUGACCUACGGCGUCAUCCCGUUCGACGGGGAGUCACCGGCCGUGGAGACGGCAACCCCGGUGGUGGCUUUGGUACCGAACGGCUGCUUCUUGACUCUGAGGACGAGGAAGAGGAGGACGAAAUUGAGGAGGUGGGGGAGGAAGAGGAAGAAGAGGUGGAGGAGCAGCCGGCGAUGUCUAGGCAGUCCCGUAUCACUGGAGAACGUGAAUUGAGCCGUGAUUUACGGGAUAACAGGGAUCAUCGUGAUCAUCAUAGAGAGGUCAGGGAGAGUGAGCAUACCAGUGGAAGGAAUAGACACAGGGAACAGGAUUACGAUUACGAGGGACACACUGCCGCUGGUCCAGCAGCGUCUUCCACCAAUAAUCCAGCAAGGCCCAACGGAAGGGUGUAUACGGCCCCGGAGAGGAGUCGUGACGGCCUGCAGUUGGUUAAUUUGGGUGUGCCCCAAAGAAGACGAGGUGGUGGCUCGGCUGAUUCAAACUAUUCACAACCGAGCUCGGAUCUGUCCCUGGACGAGGAAAAGGAGAGUCUGAGGAGGGAGAAGGAGAGACAGGCACUCAGUCAGCUUGAAAAAGCCAGGACGAAACCUGUGGCAUUCGCUGUCAGGACAAAUGUCAGUUACGAUGGCUCGGUUGACGAUGACUCACCGGUACACGGCUCUGCCGUCAGCUUCGACGUUCGGGACUUUCUUCACAUCAAGGAGAAGUACGACAACAACUGGUGGAUUGGCAGGCUCGUGAAAGAGAGUGCGGACGUUGGAUUCAUUCCAUCGCCGGUUAAAUUAGAAGCCCUUCGAGUCCAAGCAAGUGCAGCACGUGGAACAAAGGGUUUAUAUUCAACAAGAGGUGGUUCCUCGGGUAAUUUGGGGGAAAGUGGUAUGCCAUCGCGUGGAUCAACUCCACCAACACCAGGAGAUGAUAGCGACAGUGUGGGCAAUGCCAGGCCGGGAAAAACAACCCUCACAACACCACCAGCCAAAGAGAAGCGGAAGAAUUUCUUUAAAAAGCCGGAAACUGCAACUCCCUACGAUGUUGUACCUUCAAUGAGGCCAGUUGUACUGGUUGGACCAUCACUGAAGGGCUACGAAGUAACGGAUAUGAUGCAGAAGGCGCUUUUUGAUUACCUCAAGCACAAAUUUGAAGGACGGAUCAUUAUAACCAGGGUAAUGGCGGACAUAUCGCUAGCAAAGAAGUCACUAUUGAACAAUCCAACAAAAAGAGCGAUAAUGGAGCGUUCAACGAGCAGAAGCAGUUGUCUGGCCGAGGUACAGGCUGAGAUAGAAAGAAUAUUUGAAUUAGCGAGAACACUUCAGCUAGUUGUCUUAGACUGUGACACGAUAAAUCAUCCAUCACAGUUAGCUAAAACAAGUUUAGCACCAAUAAUAGUUUAUCUGAAAAUUUCAUCGCCAAAAGUACUGCAGAGACUGAUUAAAUCACGUGGCAAAUCGCAAACACGUCACUUGAAUGUUCAAAUGGUGGCAGCUGAGAAGUUAGCACAAUGUCCACCAGAGAUGUUUGAUGUUAUUCUUGAUGAGAAUCAGUUGGAGGAGGCAUGUGAUCAUGUUGCUGAAUAUUUGGAGGCUUACUGGAGGGCAACCCAUCCACCAGUAGUAGCACCAACCCCCAGAGCCAUGACAGUGGCCUCUGAUGCAGCACCUGGUGAUGUUCUAGCGCCUCGUGUACCCUCAGGUGGCCAUCACGUCUCUCACUACGCACAUGAGAAAAGAGGGACUGGAUCUUAUGGUGGUCAUGGUAGCACGAGGAGAUCCAGAAUGGAGAGAGUUGAUCGUAAUGAACGAGAGAGAGAACGCGAGAGGGAAAGAGAAAGGGAGAGAGAGAGGGAGAGAGAACGAGAAAGAGAACGUGAACGUGAGCAUGAUUAUGGAAAUGAAGAGGAUUCAUACCUAGGUGGUAGUGUGGAUUAUGGUAGCGUAUCGAGACGACGACAGCAGCAAGACUCGAGGGCACUCAAUGCCAUUUAGGAGCUGGAGCCCCGGGGCUUAUCGUUACAGCGGUGUCCCCACCUUAAAACUACCGCCCUAUAGUUUUUAAUGAUAAUGAAGUUAUUUCAUUAAAGUGCGCAAUUUGCCUUCCCUUAAUUUAUUCGUCAAAAGUAAAAAAAAAAAAAAAGUGCAAUGAAAAUGAUGAAAGAAAAAAGUUAAAUUAUUAAGAAAACAAAUCCAAAAAAUCACGUAAUCUUUUCAUUAAAUUGUAAAUGAAGUAUAAUAGUACUAUUUAAACUCCGGACUAUUUUUAUCGUAUUUUCAUUUACGUCCGGGGAUUGUCAUUGUUACUGGACUCACUGGAUUGAGUAGUGAGACUAUUUAUUGAUUAUUAGGAUAAUGAUACUUUUCUUCUAUCCGAAGAUCGACCAAACACUAUUGAAUUAUUAAUUGGUUUAUGUUGUUGGUUUCAUCAUGUGCUGGGGAGGGGAGAGGAGAAUUAUUUUUGGAAUUAGAACAAAUUCUUCUAUGACAACUGUUGCAAACAAGGGGAAUAUUAUGGAUUACAUUGAAAUGAUUUCUCUUCGAUGCUCUGGUAAGUGGAGAUGGUGCAUCAAACAGGUUGUGGAAGUCGACUCAAAUGAUCGGGGAAAUCGAUCAAAAUAUAUUCUCACCGAAAUUUUAUUUUGUUGAUUUAUAUUAUUAUCACUUUCUUGGAGAUAACGUGAAUUUACGAAAUUUUCUGGGGGUAAUGUAUAUCGAGAUAGUACCAAAAAAAAAAACCCCCGGGGCAAUGGUUAUUUGUGUCGAGUUGGAAAUAAUUCAGAGCUAUCAAGGCGACGAAAGGAUCGAUCCCACCAACGCUGUCACACAUCUCUCAUUUGAACUCUCGUGUCUUUCGUCGAUUGUGACCGACCAAUUGCAAAUUAAUAUUUCUUAUUUAUCCAUUAGUAAUUGUAAGAGAACAAUGAAUGUGGUUGAAAAUUUAAAAAGAACAAAUAGUGAGAGUACCCGAAUAAUCCUUUGGGUCGAAUUAAAUAUUCAUGAAUUAAAUCAGUUGCUCGAUGACUUACUGAUGAAGAAAUUUGAACAAAUGAAAAUUAUUAAAACAAAUUGUACUGAGUAAAGUAACCGGCGAGCGACAAUUUUAAUGUUUAGAAUUUAUGAGAACAGAGAAAGUAACUGUAUUCCUCUUCGAUUAUAAUUUCACCUCAUUUUUCCUUCUUUCAAUUUAUUUAUUUUUCCCAUUCGUUUAUUAGAGGUGCAAUGUAGAUGUAAAGAGGAGGAGAAAACAGAAGGAACAAGUAUAUAAAUAGAUAAGAAAAUAUGUUUUUUUGGGCCGGAAAUUAUGUCUUCUGGCGUUUGUUGACUUUAUUCCAAUGAAAAGUCGAUGGUUUCAAAUAAAAUCCAAUAUACUCGACUUAUUGUUCCACACUGAGUGAGAGAGUUAUGAAAAAAUUAAAAAUCAAACAUCCGAUUAUUGCCAAUGUAUAAAGUUAAAGGAAAUACGUUUUUACGUGCGUGCGAGCGUGCGCUAUAUAUAUAUGUAUACUUAAAAACAGAGUAAUAUGUAUAUGUAUAUAUAUAUAACUUGAUUGCAGCAUUGAGGCGAGUCAUGUUAAUUGGGGUAAAAUGAAAUUUGAAGAAAGAAUUUUUACUGCGUGUUGUGUAGCUAAUGAAAAUAAAUGAUCAUCGACCAGCUAGAGGAUAAUUCACUUUAGCAAAAUUCAUUUGUUUUUUUCAAUUUUUAUUUAGUGAAAUUAAAAAAAAAAAACUAAAAAAUACGCACACGCUACUUCGUGUAAAUAGUAAACAAAGUAAGAAAAAGGGGGAGUGGAAAAUUGAGAUAAUUACGGACAUAACAAAUUUAUGAAAAAUCGUAACCACUGUCCGGAAAUACGCGAUCAUCGCUGAAUUUACGUGAAAUAAACAAAUGAAAAUGACAGAUCAACCGACAUUAUCUCCGUUACAAUUUUAGCCUCAGAAAUCUAUUGUAUCGAAGCUAUUGUACAUAAUGUAAGAAUUGAGAGUAUUGAAUGAAAUUUAAGAAAUAAUAAUAAUUCAACUUCAAGUAAAAAAAAACAUGUUUGACUGCAGCAAGGAGCAAUGUUUCGGUCUCGUCUAUCAAUUAUUUGAAAACCCUGAUUGAAAGUUCUAUUGAUUCAGCGAUAAAUUAGUGGAGUAAUUAAGCAAUAUUUCGAUUUUUUUAAACCCAACAUCGUGAGAAAAAACGAUAUAAAUUUUUCUAGCGUUUCAUUAGUUCAUUAGAAAUUUUGAAAAUUGCUAGGGGCAUGUGGAUAGAAUCAACUUUUUACUGUUCUUAUGAAACAAAUUGUUAGAAAGCAUUCAAACUAUCUGAUAACAGCAAUUAAAUUGCAAGUAAUGGAUUUUUACUACGAGAAAAUUAAUUAAAUUUAGAGACAUCAACCACGUGAAUUCAUCGACGGUUUUUUGGAUAAAUUUUUAGAGAUAGAAAACAAAUUUAUCUUUUAUCCUUCACGUUUUUAUUUUAUCAGAGAACGAUUCACAAUUUAUUGAGGCGAAUAUUAUUCUUCGCUGCAUUGUUAAGUAGGAUUGAACAAUCAAAUGAUAAAUUUGAAGAACUCCGUUUGAAAUCAAUGAGAAUAAAUUCGAAAAUUUAAUGAGGAUGACAACAACAUAUUCAUUGAUAUUUUAUCAUAACCUUCCCUUCUCUAUCAUCAAAUUUUCUAUUUCAUUGCAUGAAUACACAGAAAGCGUAGAGCUUGCAUCCCAAAAAAAAAUUUUCAGUUUUAGAGACAAGAAUUCCUGGAAGGACUAUUUUCCGCAUGAAUUUCCCCAGGAAUCCGAUUUAAGAGGUCAAAGACCAUUAACAACGGUUAAGAACUUUCAAGAGAAUGCCCAAAAAUACAAUUUAUUUUCACCUGACUCUCACCUUUCCCCCCUCAUUGCCAUAAAUGACGGAACCACCAUUGAUUGAAAUAUAUAUUUUUAAUUUCUCUGAUUAAAUU